UCACCCCUCCUUCCCCACAACAGCAUUCGCUCUGUUUCUGGUCGGACAACAUUCGCUACACUAAGGUACGACUCGCAAUCAUGAGAUCACACUCGUUCGGUGCGCUCGCACUCGCCUUCAUUGGGAGUGCGACUGCUGCUGUCGCACCCUAUGGACAAUGCGGAGGAACUGGGUAUGAUGGUGAAACCGGCUGCCCCCCGAAAUACACCUGUGUCAAGGUGAACUCUUACUAUUCCACUUGUGUCGAGACCGAUUAUUACCCCUCGGUUUACAAUCCCAGCGCUAGUCAAUACACGGACUCCAGCUAUCAUCCCCCAGGCUAUACCUACAACCCAUACAAGCAUUACACGACGACUCCCCCAAAGCACACAAAGCACACUACCAGUACAUACUACCCAACCACCACAUACAAGCCGUCGUCAGAUCACAAACCCAAGACCGACUACAAGCCGUCUCCGACCGACUACAAGCCGACUGACUACAAGCCCGACUACAAGCCGACUGACUACAAGCCCGAUUACAAGCCUACCGACUACAAGCCCGAUUACAAGCCUACCGACUACAAGCCGUACCCCGAUUAUAAGCCAUCUGACUAUAAGCCGUACCCGGAUUACAAGCCAUCCGACUACAAGCCGGAUCACAAGCCGUACCCGACCUACUGUAAGCCGGAUUACGACUACAAGCCGUACCCGAGCUAUAAGCCAGAUUACAAGCCAUCCGACUACAAGCCGUACCCGGAGUAUAAGCCGACCGACUACAAGCCGGAUUAUAAGCCGACUGACUACAAGCCGUACCCGAGCUACAAGCCGGAUUAUAAACCAUCCGACUACAAGCCGUACCCGGAUUAUAAGCCGACCGACUACAAGCCGGAUUAUAAGCCGACCGACUACAAGCCGUACCCGAGCUACAAGCCGGAUUAUAAACCAUCCGACUACAAGCCGUACCCGGAUUAUAAGCCGACCGACUACAAGCCUGACUACAAGCCGACCGACUACAAGCCGUACCCAAGCUAUAAGCCGGACUACAAGCCAACCGACUACAAGCCGUACCCUGAUUAUAAGCCGACCGACUACAAGCCUGACUACAAGCCGACCGACUACAAGCCGUACCCAAGCUACAAGCCGGACUAUAAGCCAUCAGACUACAAGCCAUACCCGGAUUAUAAGCCGACCGACUACAAGCCAGACUACAAGCCAACCGACUACAAGCCGUACCCGAGCUAUAAGCCUGACUACAAGCCAUCAGACUACAAGCCGUACCCGGAUUAUAAGCCGACCGACUACAAGCCAGACUACAAGCCAACCGACUACAAGCCGUACCCGAGCUAUAAGCCUGACUACAAGCCAUCCGACUACAAGCCGUACCCGGAUUAUAAGCCGACCGACUACAAGCCUGACUACAAGCCGACCGACUACAAGCCGUACCCUGAUUAUAAGCCGACCGACUAUAAGCCGGACUACAAGCCAACCGACUACAAGCCGUACCCAAGCUAUAAGCCUGACUACAAGCCAUCUGACUACAAGCCGUCCCCGGAUUAUAAGCCAACCGACUACAAGCCGGACUACAAGCCGACCUCUACCUACAAGCCGGACCACAAGCCGACCGACUACAAGCCGUACCCCGAUUAUAAGCCAACCGACUACAAGCCGUCCCCGGAUUAUAAGCCAACCGACUACAAGCCGGACUACAAGCCGACCUCUACCUACAAGCCGGACCACAAGCCAACCGACUACAAGCCGUCCCCGGAUUAUAAGCCAACCGACUACAAGCCGGAUUACAAGCCGACCUCUACCUACAAGCCGGACUACAAGCCGACCGACUAUAAGCCGGAUUACAAGCCGACUCCCACCUACAAGCCGGAUCAUAAGACAUACGACGCUUAUUACACCCCGGAUCCAUACAAGCCCAAAACCGACUAUAAGCCACAUACCGAUUACAAGCCCACCGGCUAUAAGCAUGACGAUUAUAAGACCUAUGAUUCAUACGACGAUUACGAUCCUUAUGACAAGCGCUAAAAGGAUUGCUAGUGAGGCAUUGCAGUUGCCUCUCCUAGCAAGGUCCGUUGCAUUUUCUUCUUCUUUUUCUUGUUUGCCCUAUACGGGGGCUGGGGGUUGGUCUUUUCUCUUUGUUUUUGUUACUGGUAUGACGCGUUCACCUCUGCACCUCGGUAAACCCGCACCUCAGCAUACCUGCGCCUUGGGUAUCCGACCGCCAACAAGUGAUGCAUUGUGAAGUUCACUACACGCAGUCCAAAACUGAGGGCAGAGAUGGGGGAAGGAGAUUGGUAAUACGCAGAUUGUUUUACGGUUUUUUUCUUUUGUUGUUCGUCGCAAUGACCCUGAUGUCGUUUAAUUUAAUUCGUUCCUUCCCAAUAUUAGCAUUUAUGGAGAUGAAAUAAGGAGAGUUUUCCCACGAA